AUGUCAUCCAUCACGACGACUCCCGUACCGAGUAGACAAACGGAUGACGGCGCCGCGCAGACUACACCACCUCGGACCUUACGUAACUUCCAUCUCUUCCUCAGACUGCCUGUGGAGCUCCGCCUCAAGAUUUGGAGCUUCAACCUCCCACCGCCCCGGAUUGUCCCGAUCAGGUGCGGCGCCAAGUCCCUCACCUUGGCCUCCUCUGCUGAGAUCCCGCGGCCCUCGACGAGCGGGUGCACCUCGUACGCCGCUGUCCCCGUCAACCUCCACGUCUGUCGGGAAUCCCGACACGAGGCUCUGGCCUCGUACCGCCUGAGCUUCGGCAUGACGCGCAACCCGGGCCAGAUCUUCUUCGACAAUGCACACGACGUCCUCUACUUUGGCGCACGCGACGGGUACAUGGCCUCCGGGGCUCAGUUCUUUACCGUCAUGUCCAUGUGCGACCCGGCGGACCUCGCCGGCGUGCGCCACCUCGCCAUCAACGACUCCAUCUUUUGGAUAGACGGGGUGUACCAGUCCAUGAGCGCCGCGAACCUGACGGUCGAGGUCCUCAAGCACGUCCGCCUGCGUAUGCCGCGUCUUGAGCGGCUUGUGUUCGUGCCCUGCGACGAGAACCCCGUCUACGAUGACCAGGUCAAGCUGGUGCCGGCGAACCAAAACAGCAUGCUGGAGGAGCGGAUGGCGAGGCAGGUGAAGGCCGCCAUGGGGGCCGUUUGCGACAUCUUCCCGGAUUGGAAGCCGCCGCGCUGGUGCAUAAUGGCGCUGGGGACGGCGGAAAAGACGGCACUCGUCCCAUCGAUACCGGGUCACAUCUCGGGCUGCUCUGUUCCCUGUUCUGUGCAAAAGCGAUACAAUGUCGGCGCCUGA